UAAUGUUGUGCCUCUGAUACGAGAUUGACGUUUUACGUUGUCUUUGCGAACACGUGAAUGAAUUACAAUUCAAUGGAUACGGUUUGUCUGUCAAAUAUCUGAACGUUGAUACUGUAUUUACUUUGAAUAUCUGUUACUAAUCGUUCACGGAUGUGUGCAAUGAUACUGUCGGUAUCAAACCGAACUUCUCAAGAUUCUCGACUAAGAAACUCGAGAAACCUGUCCAGAAAAAUCAUGUAUCACGCUUCUUUUUAUACGCGCGUACGGUGUAUAUCGCAGCGGAACAAGUUUAAUAUCGUUCCGAUAUUCGUACGGCAUCAUUCUUUCAGAGACUGCACCUCUUUCCUGUCAUAAUUGCCGCCGCUUUUAUUUUUUACACAAAGAUCCGAUCUACGAACAACAUGAGCAAAGCCUACACAUGGCAGUAGUAUAUGUUGAUGUAAUCAAAGAUGCCACUUCUUAAGGAUCAACGCUUCUGUUGAAGUGUUUGAGCUCAAGAGGUCUGCUAAGGCACAAUGAAAGCCAUUGUAUCAAUUACAUUGAUCGUGCUACUGUGUGGGAUAAAUUCAGCACCCAUUAAUGCCAUUCGAAUAUGUGCCAGCAGAAAGAAAAAUAUUGAAAAUCUUUCUUUAAAACAACAUAUACCCAGUGUACCUGAAAAUAUACCCAACGACAGUAAUGUAGUUCAUACCAUACCAGAUGACAAUAUUAAAUAUGAGAAAUGUACUAAUUUUUGCCAUGCACUGUGGCAAGAAGAUAAGACUGCAAAUGGAACACAAAUAAUCAUUUUAUCCCAAGGUUGCUGGAAACAGUCCGGUGAACAAAAAUGUGAAACUUCAGAAUGUAUUGCUCUUCAACGUUCUACCAAAGCAUUGAACAACACAAAAUUCUGCUGUUGUCAUGGAGACUAUUGCAAUCUCAACAUUAACAGCACCAACAUUUUGUACUCGGAAAACAAAGUGCACAACUCUAUUACCACAGAAAAUAAUCAACCAACAACCGAGUAUUUGGAACAAUCAGACUCUAGAAAGCUAAUGUUCAUCAUAACAAUUUCCCUGGUUUGCAUAUUGAUAAUAAUAUUCAUUUUAGGAUUAAUGGUAUAUCGCAUGUACCAUAUGAAUAUGUUAGCAAGAUUAGGGAAACCACUUUCAUAUACAGACCAGUUCUUAGAUAGUACAGCUCUGAGAACUGGUACUUAUACAGUAGAUCAUUUAAAACUUACAACGAUUGUGGGACAAGGACGGUAUGGUUCAGUAUGGCAAGGCAGUAUGGGUGACCAAGAUGUUGCUGUGAAAAUAUUCCCUUCUCAUUAUCGUAAUUAUUUCCAAAACGAACGGGAUACUUAUUGCCUUCCCUUCAUGGAACAUCCAUCUUUACUAAGCUAUUAUGGUGUGGAUGAAAGAGUAAGCAUGGAAGGCAGUGUUGAAUAUCUUUUGGUACUUAGUUUUGCACCAGGUGGUACUUUGACAGAUUUCUUAAGAACACAUACAAUCGAUUGGCCCACAUUUUGUAAAAUGGGUCUCUCUAUGGUAAAAGGACUCGCUUACUUACAUACUGAUAUACACAAAGGUGAUAAGUUUAAGCCUUGUAUCGCGCACAGAGAUAUCAACUCGAGAAAUAUAUUAAUCAAAGCCGAUGGUACUUGUUGUAUAUGCGAUUUAGGAUUGGCGGUACAAAUUUCUGGUUCUAAAUACUAUUCUAACGGAGAGGAACAGCACGCCGAAAUAAAAUCAAUCAACGAUGUCGGCACAUUAAGAUACAUGGCACCGGAAGUAUUGGAAGGCGCUGUUAAUUUACGAGAUUGCGAAAGCUCUUUGAAACAGAUAGACGUUUACGCGAUGGGUCUAGUAUUGUGGGAAUUAGUAUCAAGAUGUUCGGAUAUUUACAUGCCAGGUUCAGAGAUACCCAUGUACAGACAACCGUACGAAAAGGAGAUCGGACUUCACCCGACAUUCGAGCAGAUGCAAGUGUUAGUUUCGCGUAAUAAAGCUAGACCUCUGCUAGAGGGUAGUUUAGUAGACAGACCAGGUGUACGUUUGAUCAGAGAAACGAUGGAAGACUGCUGGGACGCAGACGCGGAAGCACGGUUAACCGCUUUAUGUAUAGAAGAACGUCUUUCAGAGCUACAAUCUCAUCGUGUGACUAUGCACUUCACCGAUGGGAGUCCAAUGGUCAAUUCCCAUUGCACCCUAGUGCCUUCAACUACAAACAGUCUUUACAGUGAAACGUCUCAUCACGAUAACAUUCAUGUCGGUCAUUUAUCAUUGCACAUGGUACAAGAUAAUACAAGUAACGAUGGUAUUGUUGAAAACUUAGUAACACUGUCGCCUUCUGAAAGCAUCGUUCACGAGCAUAGUUUUAAAAAUUCAAACGAAGUAGCAAUAUACAACCACGCUCAGACACUUCAGCCUUAUCAAGGACGGAAUCCGUGCAUGGAGAGAAACUUAAUGUUACAAUCGGACUCGUUUGAAGAGUUAGGCUGUAACGGUAACGUAUUGGUGGACAAAUCUAUGAAGCAUGCUUGCAACGAUCAAUAUAAAAUAGUAUCAGAGGCUCAAGGACUGGUUUCUCAUGAUUACUUGAGCCAACAUACGACUCAGUUGACACAACUGAGACCGGCAACGCCUAUACCUUACGUCCAAAAUGUGAUUUCCGACGAUGGUACGACAGCAUAUGGCAAACGUAAACAAACAAACGUGCACGAGGUGUGCGCGCAAGAAAGUCCAAGAAAGAAGUUGUUCGGAUGGCCGAACCUGAAGAAACUGCUCGUCAAUAAGAAGAUGCAUAUGUACAAUAAAUACCAAAUAGAUAGGGAAGAUUCGAAGUCGAAUUUACUAUCGAAACAGAACGUGCAAAUCAAAACGGUCGAGACGAACGUGACGAUAUCUCCAGGAGGAAAGUAUGUGAACGGUAUUAUUUCCAAAUUACCGGCAACUAACAUUCCAUUGGACAAAAAUGACAAAAAUGCUGUGCAAAUUGGUAAACAGAAGCUAGAUAAUGAUAACAACACAAAUACACGACCAUCUAGUCUGCCUCUUGUCAAUUUAAGAAACAAAAAAAGCGAGAACAAUCUAAGCAGACAGGAGAGCAUCGACAAAUUCAACGAAGUUUUUAAUGUGGGGUCGAACCUGAACGUGUUAAAGGAUCCACACAUGAGAAUAAAGACGCCAGGGGAUCUGCCACCCUCUGUAAGAAAGAUUCGUGGUCGUGGACAAUCAACAGCAAGAUUUUCCCUCUACGACGACCGAAUGAUGUGCAAUAUUUUGAGCGAAGAAGAUGACCGUAGUGAUAAAGCCAUUUGGAACUCCGUACCGUUCGGUAUGGAUUUCGGCGACAACGACGACAAACAUUCGCCGACUAAACUUAGUACCAAAAAUGUUACUUGCUUUUAAUCAGAUAUUACACUAAUGUAUUUGUAAAGGUCUUUAACUGUAAGGAUAAUAAUAGCUGUAGUUUGACUCCAGCAAAAUAUAAUGUAUGUACAGAAAAGAAAAUUUAUAAGAAUAAGACAGAUUUUAUACUCUUUACGAAAACACAUUAUCAACACUCAAGUAUUGAAACAAAUAAAAAGAAUAAUGAAAUGCAAAAUACAAGCAGCAUAUACUGGAAUAUCAUUGAGGAGUUGGGAUACCGUAAAAGGUCAGAAUAGUGGGCUUAUUAUAGUGGGAAAUUUCCGAGAAACUUGUACACAAUAUAAAAAGUUCAUUAAAAAAGAUAUGUCCAAAAAUAGUUUUUUGUCGGGAUGCUUUUGAAUUUUAUUUUCUAGGGUUCAAAGUAGUAUUUUAACCAGACUUUUUAAAACUCUGCAGUGUCCUAACUCCUCGAGACGUUGACAGGUGUACUCCAUAUGUUAUGCUAAUUAUUUAACCCUUGCAAGUAUAUUUUGUGCUUAUAAGAUCUUUUGAUUCAAAAUCAGAACAUACAUAAAGGAACUACGUUUACCCAGUGUGAUUAAACAGCUAUUUAUAAAUGUUAUGUAUGUUAGUAUGUUCGAAUUAGUAGCACGAAGUUCAUUAGAAACGUAUUUUGAUAAAUGUAAUGUGUGUAAAUCACGAUUCUCAUUGUCUGCAUGCAUUUAAAUUGGAUGUUCAUGGUUCAAUGAAUUAUGCACGAUUGAUCAAAGACAAUCCAGUAAAAAUAUUCAUCAAAGUAUUAAUUACUGUUGUCUAUGUUUUGAAAAAAAAAGAGAUUCAAGAUAUAUCGAUGGUUAUAAUAGUUCUCCACACUAUUCCGAGAAACUAAAUAAAAUAAUCGUGGCGAAGUGAACAUUUAUUACGAUGAAAGAUUUACACCAGGUUUCACCUUUCAAGAAACAGACUCUAAUGUUAUUAAUUAUAUAUUAUUCGUUUCACAGUUUCUUGAAUUUCCUUUGGACUUUGUAAAAUGCAUAAUGUAUUUCUAAACAUGUAUUUUGAGCCUAACAAAAAGAAUUAUUAAGAUUAUUAAAGUAAUAUUUAUGCCAGUUUACUUGUUCCAUAAACGAUCUUUUUACAAAUACAGUUACAUAUUUGAUAAGUUACUUAAAAAAAAGACAAAUAUGUUAUUGACAAUAUAUUGCAAAGUGCAUUUGGAUAUAGUAAACAUUAUUUAAGAAGAAUGUGUAAAAAUGAAUUUAACGCUUGAGCACAAAAUAUAAUUGUUUAAGUUCUAUGACGUUUGUACUUCCCGGCCUCGUAAGCUCAAUGUAAAUAUUUGUAGCAUAAAAGAACAGUAAUAAGUUAGUUAAAAUAAGCUUGUUGUGUUUUAUUUUGUUAAAAUUGUAAAAUUCCUUUGUUCGCGAUAUGCACUAUUUUAUAUUAAGACAAACCUUCGAAUAAGGAUAUUACGAAAAAAAUAAUAAAAUAUAUAUGAUUAAGUGAUUCACACAAUAAACCAUUCUUUUGUAGAA